GGUUGAAUGAGUUUACACAUUGAUCGGUUUGAUGUUUGCAAAAUCUUGUAGUACAUUUAAAAUUUAAAAAAAUGAAGGAAAUUAAGCUAACCCGAAAUUUUUUCCUAUGGUGUAUGUCAGUAAUAUAUCUGUCUGCUUUUAGCUCUCUUUACGUCCAAAUACCAGGUCUAUUUGGAGAUAAUGGAAUCCUGCCAGCUAGAGCUAUAAUUUCAAUAGAAGCUGGAGCUGAUGUUGUCCAUCAAAAAGCAAAAGAAAUUCCAACUCUGCUAUGGCUUGCCCCAGCCCUUGGCAUUGAUGUUCCUUUCAUGAUGGAUCUCAUUGCAUUGUUAGGAAUUGUUGUCUCCUUUGGCUGCAUGGUGUGGGGUCGAAUGAGAGAUAUGACAAAUUUUACUUUGUUAUGGAUGUUAUAUUUUUCUUUGUUUCAAGUUGGUCAAACAUUCUUGUGGUUUCAGUGGGAUACAUUAUUAUUGGAAAUUGGUUUCAUUACUAUUGUUGUUGCACCCUUGGGAUUUCUGCAAAGUUCUGUUCGUAGCGGUUUUAUGUCAUCUUUACCAUCUCGUGCACAUGAUAACGUCUCUAUGUGGCUUGUUCGGUGGUUGUUAUUUAGAUUUAUGUUUGCUUCAGGUGUUGUAAAGUUAACGAGCAUGUGUCCUACAUGGUGGGAUUUAACAGCUCUGCAUUAUCAUUUUGAAAGCCAAUGCAUUCCAACUCCAGUUGCAUGGUAUGCUCAUCAUUUACCAAAAUGGCUAUUGAAAUUGGGUGUUGUUGGAACUUUUGUGAUUGAAAUUCCAAUUCCAUUCCUUUUCUUCUCACCUAUUCGUUCUCUUAGAUUAUUUAGUUUUUAUGCUCAAGUAUUCUUCCAGAUUUUGAUCAUUUUGACAGGGAACUUUAAUUUCUUCAAUUUGCUAACUAUUGUAAUGUGCUUGUCCUUGGUAGAUGAUGAUUUUCUACUAAGCUUAGUCGGACGGCCGGUUCCAGUUAAUAAAUCAUCAAAUGGUGCUGCCCUGAGAUGGACAAGAAAACUUCUUACACUAGCUGUGGAAAAUUUAACAUAUAUAGGCCUUAUUUAUGGAACUAUAAAAUUUUUCUCGAUCAGAUUGCAGCCUGACUGGAGUUUGGAUAGUAAAAUUGCCUUCUCUUCUGCAGAAUUUAAGAGUCUGCUAUCAGAAAUAAUGCCUGUUACUAUAUGCAUUGGCAUAUUAUCGCUUAUUGUGAAUAUCCUUUUGGCAUUUUACAGAUCUUUGAUUGAACCUGGAAUCAUUAGGAAGAUAUUUUAUCUUAUUGGAACUCUGUUUGUUAGUGUUGCAGCUGUUUGGAUAUUCAUAAUAAGUUUGGUACCACAUUCUGCUUUAGACAACAGAACUCGUAAUAAUUUAUGGCCUGUGGUUCAGCAGUGGUAUAAAAGAAUUGAUGAAUUCCAAAUAGCUAAUGCAUAUGGCUUAUUCAGAAGAAUGACUGGUGUGGAUGGGCGACCUGAAAUAGUUGUUGAAGGCAGUAAUAGCUUGGCAACUGGGUGGAAAGAAUACCACUUUUUAUAUAAACCUGGAGAGUUAUGUAGGAGGCCUCCCAUUCUUAUUCCUCAUCAACCACGCUUGGAUUGGCAAAUGUGGUUUGCUGCUUUAGGGAAUUAUGAACACAAUCCAUGGUUUGUCAGCUUUGUAUAUCGUCUUUUAGAUGGAGAAAAGGAUGUUUUAGAUUUGUUGGACGUGGAGCGCUUACCGUUUCCUCCCAAUAAACCACCUAAAUAUGUUCGAGCAAUUUUAUACAAAUACAGCUAUACUUCGCCCACUAGUAGCAGCAGUACUAAGAAGAAAAGUGUUGACUGGUGGACCCGUCGUAGAGUGCGGGAAUACUUCAACAGUGCAAAUUUGGAUGAAAAACAAAUGAUAGAAUUUCUUAAUGCAGCUGGAAUUCCUAUGGAAAAAACUAGAUUUGUUCGUGUAACAAAUGUAUUCCUGAAGAAAAUGUUGAUUAAGAUAAGAAAUUAUAUUGUAUCUAUUCAACCCACAACUUUCAUCUGGUCUUUAAUUGGUACUGGUUUCUGUAUCAAUUUCUUGGCUCCUAUAUUGAGGUUAUGAGUUGACUAAUUUAAAUGUAUUGAAAGAAGUUAUAAAUUCUUUGUGGGUUACUCAUUUUUAAUUGUUAUGAUAAUGAAUGAAUUUCAGUUUUUAGUAAGAAAAUUGCUGAUUUAAAUAUCACUGAAUCAUUUGAUAUUAAAUGUGAGUUAAUAAUUAUUCUAAUUAGUUCUAACAAAAUUUUUUUUUAUUUUCAUUAGAACUAAAAUUUAUGUAUGUUAGUUUUAAAGAACAGUUUCCUGAUUUAAUUGUCAUUGAUUUAUUUGAUGCCAAAUGUAAAAUGUGCACAAAACAGCUGUCAGAAAUAUCUUAAUCUAUAAAAUGUAGAUUUGAAUUUCUGCUUCUGUUAUAAAAAAGAGAGAGAGAGAAAGGGAAUUAUUUUGAAAAAAAAAAAAAAAAAAAAAACACUGUUUAGCUGUGUUUUCUUGAUAUUUGAAUUAUUUUUGAAUUGUUGCAGUUAUUUGUAUUCUUGUGCAAGCCAAGGGAAUAUUUAAAAAAAUAAAAUUAGCAACACUGUAUACUGUAUUUUAUUGCUCAUGAGACAUAGGUUUAAUAAAUUUAAUUUGUUAUUGGAUAAUAUGGUAUUUACAUAAAAACAGCAUUGUUCUUGAAAGUUAGCUUUAAUAUAUGUGUUACUGCAUAAUAAGAUAUAUAAAGAUUCUCAUGUUUUAGACCUUUUUCUUCUUUUUUUCUGAAAUUUUGCUCUACUCAAAAAUAAUUAUAAAUAGUUGACUUUAUGUACUAAUUUUUUUAACUCUUAAUGCAUGUAAAUGGAUUGUUAUUUUUUUAAUCAAUGAUUUUUAUUAAUUUUGAAAAUUAGAACUAUUAUCAGAUCUGUGUUACUACAUAAUUGUUUAAUUUUCAGUUCUUAUUUUUUUAGUAGAUUUGUCUUGUGUCUAGGUAAAUAAUUAUGAUAAUUAACUCAUACAUUUUCCCACCGAUUCUAAAAUUUUAUAACUGUUUUUCCAUUUAAAUGGAAUUUUAUAAAAUACUAUAGAUGGUUAAUGUGUUUAAGUAAUGGAAUUACAGUAAUGGCUGUUUUGAUAUUUGCUAUAUUGUUAGAUGCAAACCUUGAAAUACAUUAUAAACUGCAUUAUAUAUAAAGUGUGAUGUUUUUUUCAUGUAAUUUUAUUGCAGUAAUGUAUGAUGUUCAUAUGCAUGAUUUUGUAAUUUUAAUUUUGUUUUUAUUUUUACAAAUACUGCAAAUCAAAUUAAUUCUUAUGAGUUGAAUACAGUUUAAUUAUGGAAUCGCUUUUUAAUAAGCAUAAUAUGUUAGAUCAGUAUUUUUACAUAACAGAGAGUCAAUAAAAAUCAUUUUGGGAAAAGGGAAAAUGUUCUGUAUAUAACAAAAAAUAAUUUUAACAUCAUAUUUAUGCAAACAUAAUGUUGUUGCAUUUUUUAGUGCUAAUUGCCAUAAUGUUACAAAUAUUCAUAAAAAACUUUGAGUUGUGUGCAUAAUAAAUUAAGUGUAUUUUAAAAUAAUAUUAAUUAGAUUUAUUAUCAAGAAUAAGACAAAAAUUUAAAAUAUCAAGAGGUCCCUUUUAAAUUACUUAAUUUAUAGCAGUAUUAUUAAGCAAUAACAAACUAAUUAUAUUUGGAGAGUAAAUUGAAGAUCUUGGGUUUUAUGCAGUGGCAAGUAUCAUGAAUGAUCAGUGCUUAUUACCAUAAUAAUCCAAAAUUUUAUUUAAAAAAAAAUUACUGAUUUGUGCAUUUCAAGCUUUUCAGAACCUUACAUUGGCAGGAGAUAUUUGAAAGGAAUAAAGCACCUUUAGUUUUAUUCAGGAACUGUAAUUGACAUUAUGCCAAAUAUGACCAUAUUAUCUGGCACCACAACACGACCACAUAUCUGGCACAAUAGCAGAUGUAAUGAUUGAAAUAACAUCUAAAUGUAAUAAUGAUUGAAAGUAAAACUUCAUUGACUUAUUAAAAAAAGAACUUGAAAACAGAAUUGAAGCAGAAUGAGUUGGUGAAAUGUUUUAAUUCAAGGAAUGGGAAAGUUUCAGUUAUUUCAGCAAAUAUAUUUCUUUGUAAAUAAACUACAUAGUAAUGUAAAGCAAAUAAGGAAAAAUAAUUAUAUAAAAUUAAUCAAAAAGAAGCACAGUAGAUAAGCAUAGAUUUUUAUGCAAAAUAUAGGCCAGGUUAAGAUACCUUCCCUUGGUCCCAAUCUUCUAAUUUUAUAUUUUUCAUUCAUUUAUAUGAAGCAUAAUACUUUCUUACAGCAAAGAAAUUUCGGUAUAAGAUUUUAGUGAUUUUUCAAGCAAAGCCCCAUUUUCUUGGAGGUCUUAUUGCACAUUCAGUGAAAAAAAAUAAUUGUAAAAACCAUGGAAGGAACACUGUUUUUACAUUAAAUACAAGUUUAUAACGGUUUUUACAUAAAUACAAGUACAUAAUGCAAAACAUUCAAUGCCUAUUUUCCCAAUAGGAUGUAUGCCUUUGAGGAGGGCAUACAUCCUAGUGAGAAAAUAAGCAUGUAAUAAAAUAGGCCCUUUUUAUUUUCUUAGGGCAGCUGGCUCAUAUGAAUGUUACAAAUUGACAAACCCACAAAAAUUCCCAUGUAUUCAGCCUGUUUGCUAAGAUUCAAACUCUGGACCGAACUACCAGUGUUUAGCAACUUCACUGCUCAGUUGCCGGUAGGCCAAUUUCUAGUGCAUGAGGCAGUCAGCUGCAUUUUGUUGUAGAUAAAAUCAUGUAACAUGUAGCUUUGUUGCAGCAUACUAGUAUUUGGUUUUUUUAAUUGCUAGUCAUAUUAUUUUCAUGGUGAUAGGAAAAUAUACUUUCAAAAUAUUAAAUAAAAAUUAAAUUUGCAUUGAAAUAAUUGUGCCUUAUUUUUUAAACUCAGACAUGCAUUAAAAUUAAUAAAAGCAAUUCAUAAUGAUUAAUGAAUCGUCUAAAAAUAAUAAAAUUUCAUGCAUAGAAUAUUUGAUUAAAAUAUCUUUUAUUAUAAAAUUUACCAUUAGAGUGUCUUAGUAUGUAAAUAUAUUGCAUUGUAUUCAAUCAUCUCCUUGAGAGCACAUAAGUGAAUUGUGUUCUUGAUAUAAAAUCAAAGGUAUAAUCAAACUCUCAUUAUAGGCAUUGCUUAGUUGGUAUCCAUUCAUCAUUAAAUGAAAUUUAGGUAGUAUUGUUAGUCACCAGGCCUUAUAUGGAUGCAAAAUGUAGUUAAAAUAAAUUUUUGUUUUAGUAAUAUUAGAACUUCCCCUCAAAAGAAAAAGGCAGAAUGUUAAAACCUUGAAAAUAAUUUACUGUAGUUUUAGUUGCUAUUUUGUAAAUGAGGAAAUUAAAAAUGCAUUUUGCAGUUUUUGAUUUAUGGACAAGUACCUUUCCCAUCAGUUGAGCUGGUAAUUAAUCCAUUUAUUUCUAGUCAUUUUUUAAGACUGAGUACAAAACUGUAUAUAUGAUAUGCUUAUAUAGUAUAGAACAAAAAAUUUUUUUUUUUUUUUUUUUUUUUUUUUUUUUUUUGUUUGUUUGUUUGAUCAUGUGAAGUUACUUUUUAUGAUUUCAUUCAGUAUCAAAAUUAAUCUGCCAGAAAUAAUUAUACUUUAUGUAUUUUCUGUGAAUUGAUGUCUGAAAUCCAAUGAAGUUAGUUUUUAACUUUUCGUUGUUUCUUAGUGUAAUUUUUUUUUUAAUUUUGGCUAUUUAAAAAAAAAAAAAAAAAAAAAAAGUUUUUUUUUAGAGGGGAGGAGUGUUAAGAUGAUUUUUUAUUGCACUUAAGAAGAAUAAAAUAUUAAAAUUAAAUGUAAUAGAAUCACAAAUAAAAGCUGAAAAUCUGUAUACAUUUAUUUCAAAAAUAAAUGGGAUUUGCUGAAAAUUAAAAUCUUGUGCUAGAAAUAUUUUAUAGAGUAUAAAAUAGUAUUUCUUAUAUAUUUAAAAAAUUAACUCUUGUAAGCUUCAUCCCUUUCAUGAAGUUAUGGACAUUCUUACAUCAAGCAGAUAUUUUUGCAGAAAUGUUCUUAAGUUUUUUUUUAAUACAUAUUGAAAAAAUAAACUAUAAAUAUUGUAUUAAAAGCAGUUAUUAUAUUAAACUUAUUAUUACUUAUUAUAUUAAAAGCACUUAUUUAGUGCAUAGGAAAAUUCUGAUGUAGGUGGAGAUUUGAUAUGAAAGCACAAUCAGUGACCAAUUUAGAAUGUAAAACAUUGUAACAUUUCACCAGUUCAUUUUGACUUAUCAUUUUAAAUACCAUUAUAAUGGAUUAUAAGUAUUGUUCACCAUUAUAAGAUAAACUUGCUCAGCAACUUUUAAGAAUGCUCGGGAAACAGUGACCCAUGACAGGGUCCUCAUUUCUCUGGACAGUCAUGAAGUUUCUUUAAAGAAUACAUAGUUUUAUUAAUUGUUUAGUCCAUGAUGUUUACUUAUACUAUCAUUGCAAUGCUGCGAAAGUUUCUAUGAUGUAAGAAGGAAAAAAUAAGGAUUUUGUAUAACAGGUUGAAAAGUUUUUCUUAUAUAAUAAGAAAUGAAUUUAGAUUGAUAACUGGAAAAAUUUAGUUUUGUGGCACUUGCUAAUAAAAUUUCAAGGGAAAAGCAAGCAGUUUUUUAUGUGCUAGAUUGAAUUUUCUAUCCCAUUAUUCAUUUGAUUGUGUUUUAAUUAACUUAGAUAUUAGAACUUAGAAACAAAAUGCACUAUUGAAGUUGUGAGAUAUUUUUUUACUGGUGUUUUAUAUUUUGUUAUUUAUGUAAAAUUGUUCAUGCCACUUCAUAGCCAGUGGAUUUAUUAAUGUAAUUAAUUGUAUAGUAAAAUAAGCUGUGUGCUUGUGUUUUACGGCAAUUGAAUUAAUUUUAAUGUUACAUGUGUUUACACAUGAGUAAUGUACACUACUAUGUACUGUGAUUAUUACAGUGAUGUAACCUAUCUUUAUGAUAGUAAUGUGAUGGUAUGUAGAAUAGCAUUUCUUUAAUGACAUUGGAUAGAAUAGUUUAAUUUUCAAAAAAUGAGAGUGUGUGUCUUUUAUUCAUGUUUUGUUAAUCUUGUUCCUGAAAUUUUUAGGAAUUUCUAAAGCUAUCGAUAGAAUAAAACUUAAUUUUUUCUUAA